GACUCUUAGAAAGUAAACAUAACCUAAAUUACUUUAACUUUUGUAUUUAUUUAAAUAACGUUUUGAGUUGAAAAUGAACGUAUUUCGACGUUUGUCGUCACAUAUAUUAAAAAAUAGACCUGGUUUUGUUCGAUCUAGCAGCACCAACGUCGAUGCCCCUGAUUUCGAAAUGGAAAAUCCAUAUGAGAAAGAAAAAGUUCAAUGUAUUUUAUGUAAACAUAAAAUAGAACCAGAUUACAAAAAUGUUAGGUUACUUUCACAAUUUCAAUCUCCAUAUACAGGACGUAUUUAUGGCAGACACAUUACUGGUUUGUGCAAACGGCAACAACAUAAGGUUGAAAAGGAAAUAGUGAAAGCACAGUUUGCGGGACUAAUGGCUUAUUACCUAAAAGAACCUGUAUUUUUACAAGACCCUGAAUUAUUUGAUGUAGAGAAGCCUAUAAGACCUCAUCGAUUUUAGAUUUAUUUCUUUAAAUGUAGACUUAGUAUGUAAAUUACUGUACCUAGUUUUGUUAAUAUUGCUCUUAAAUAUAUCUUGAUAUUC